AUGUCUGAUGCUUCGUUGUAUGUAUCGAAUAAAGGAAGAGCACAUCGAGAUGAUCAACGUUUACAUAAUCUGUUCUAUCGUAAAUCAAAACUUGAAAGUGUCAAUGAAACAUCUGCGUUACUCAGCGGUUUUGCUAUUGUAGCGAUCGUUGAAUUAUCGCUUGAUGCGUAUACAAGUCAGAAACCAAAUGAUACUCUGUUGAUUUGUUAUGUCAUUGUCUCCGGUUUACUCGUUGGUAUCCAUUUACUUGCUCUAUUGAUGUCUAUGUGUGUUUUGCCGGAAUUGAAAAGUGUUAUUCGGCAAAGUGAUGUUUGGAUGAAUAACGAAAAUAAGAAACCUUUGUCAUCAUUCAAUCUGAUCAUCGAAGUUGCUUGGACUGUUUCAACUGGUUUAGGUUUGUUUUUAUUUCUACUUGAACUUGGCUUAAUUCUAUGGAUCAAGGUUGGCGGAUAUUCAUUAACCGCUGCUAUCUUUGCAAUAGUUACACUUUGUGCGGUCGGUUGUCCGUUUAUUCUCUUUUCUGUUGGAUUCUAUAUUCGUGUUGCAAGAACAAAGAACAUAUUCUGUUGGAAUAAAACUGGUCUAGACAGCUGUCGAUCAAUGAAAUGGUAUUGCAUUGUCUUUAUCGUAUCAUUAGUGGAUAAUCGUUCUAUUGGUACUUGA